AAUUCAGAAACAAUAUUUUUAACCCUUGUCAAAAUCUAUUAAAAUUGGAGUACCACCCUAGGUAGAAAAUAAUCUAUGAUAUGCUACGUGGGAUCUAAACAAAGUGUCCACAUUGUUUCUUCCACCUCUAUAAUUUUCAGUUUCUCUUCUCUCCCAAAUCACAGAUAUGGCUUCUAGUGAUGAGGCACCAGGAGCUAUGCCCCCGGGCGAUGGCUCUGUUCCUCCAGGAAAAUCAAUGACAAUUGGGCAGCACGUUAUAGACAAAGGCGCUCAAUUGAUGCAGUCUUUGAAACCCAUCAAGCAGAUGAGCCAACAUGUUUGCACUUUCGCUAUGUACAGCCACGAUAUCACUCGACAGAUCGAGACGCAUCACUAUGUGAGUCGAGUCAAUCAGGAUUUCCUCCAGUGUGCUGUUUACGAUUCUGAUGAUUCUAAAGGACGUCUUAUUGGAAUAGAAUAUAUACUAUCAGAUCGAAUCUUUGAAACUCUUCCAGCAGAAGAACAGAAGCUAUGGCACAGUCAUGAGUAUGAGAUUAUAGCAGGACUUUGGGUGAACCCAAAAGUUCCAGAGAUUGUCCAAAAGCAAGAACUUAAGAAUCUUGCUCCAACUUAUGGCAAGUUUUGGUGCACCUGGCAAGUUGAUCGAGGUGAUAGGCUUCCACUUGGAGCACCUGCAUUGAUGAUGUCUCCACAAGGUGUAAAUUUGGGCAUGGUGGCACCAGAGCUAGUGAAGAAGAGGGAUGAAAAAUAUGGCAUUUCUUCAAAGGAUUUGGAAAAGACGAGGGCGGAUAUUGCAGGGCCAAAGACGACCAUGAAUCCUUAUGCAAACUACUGGAUGCAAACUGGCAAAGGCUUUGCCAUUGAUGUGGAACUCACCGAUAUGAAAAAGACUGCACCUUUUCCAUGAGAAAUAUAAUCAAUCAAUGAGUAUAAUGAUCUCUCUAUAUGCAUCAAUCAGUAUGUAGAAUUAGUAUAGUGUAUCUAUGCUUUCGUGUGUUUAAUAAUGUAAUUUUGAUUGAACGUUUCUUUUAUUCAUUCCGAAGUGUUUACCAUUGAGCAA